CCUCUGGGUCCCCUCUCUCUCUCCCUCUCUCUCUCUCUACCCCCCCCUCUCUCAGUCUGAGGCAGUUGGUUCGCUCCGCUGUGCCGUAUGUGUCUGGGAUGCAGCAGUGAAAGAAAGAGAGCUGAAAGAGUGAGAGAGACAGAGAGAGAGAGAGAGAGAGAGAGAGAGAGAGAGAGAGAGAGAGAGAGAGAGAGAGAGAGAGAGCUGUUAUUUAGGUCUGUUACAGCAGACAGGGAGCAGCUCGCCCUAGGGCAGGGGGAGACGAUAAAGCAACACUGAACUCAGAACAGCACAUUCAGCUACAGAUACAGCCAGGCAGGAACCAGCCCUGCAUUCCAGCUGAGAGGAAGGGAAAGAAGGUAUAGAAACUGAAGUGCCAGCAGGAAAGUAUAGAACAAACGGCAGAGAGAGAAAGAGAGAGAGAGAGAGAGAGAGAGAGAGAGAAGGAAGGAAGGAAGGAAGGAAGGAAGGAGAAGGUAGCAGCAACACAUCAACACAAGGGUUUGAACCGGGACCUUCACUGCUGCUACUGUUGUUGUUGUUGUUGUACUACGGUAAGGUGACCUAACUACUCCAGGAACAAGGAAGGGGGGGUACAGCAGCAGGUUUAACCUGUGUGUUCUCAGGAGGUAGGGACUAGGGAGGGGGUACAGUAAAAGGAGUUUGAAAGCUCCACCACCAUGUUUGACUGUAUGGAAGCUCUGGGGAUGGGCCCACGCCAGCUAUAUGAUGUCACCAGCCGGGGUGCGUGCAUGCUGCGGAAGGCGAGCCCCUUCUUCGCAGGGCUGGACCCCUUCGCUUGGACCGGCAGUGCCAGCGUUCAAUCGGUGGAGACCCAGAGCACCAGCUCUGAGGAGAUGGUCCCCAGCUCUCCCUCUCCACCUCCCCCACCACGCAUCUACAAACCCUGCUUCGUGUGCCAGGACAAGUCCUCUGGAUACCAUUACGGAGUCAGCUCAUGUGAGGGCUGCAAGGGUUUCUUCCGACGCAGUAUCCAGAAGAACAUGGUGUACACCUGCCACCGAGACAAGAACUGCCAGAUAAACAAGGUCACCAGGAACCGCUGCCAGUACUGCCGACUGCAGAAGUGCUUUGAGGUCGGCAUGUCCAAGGAAGCGGUGCGUAAUGACAGGAACAAGAAGAAGAAGGACGUGAAGGAGGAGUUGGUGUUGCCAGAGAGUUAUGAGUUGAGUGGAGAACUGGAGGAGCUGGUCAACAAAGUCAGCAAAGCCCACCAAGACACCUUCCCCUCACUGCUGCAGCUGGGCAAAUACCACACCAACUCCAGUGCAGAGCAGCGCGUGCAGCUGGACCUGGGGCUGUGGGAUAAGUUCAGUGAGCUUUCCACCAAGUGCAUCAUCAAGAUCGUGGAGUUUGCCAAGCGCCUCCCCGGCUUCACCACCCUCACCAUCGCUGACCAGAUCACCCUCCUCAAAUCAGCCUGCCUGGAUAUCCUGAUGUUGAGGAUCUGCACCCGCUACACUCCAGAGCAGGACACCAUGACCUUCUCAGACGGGCUGACCCUGAACCGGACCCAGAUGCACAACGCAGGCUUCGGCCCGCUCACAGACCUGGUGUUUGCCUUUGCUGGCCAGCUGCUGCCUCUGGAGAUGGACGACACAGAGACGGGCCUCCUCAGCGCCAUCUCCCUCAUCUCUGGAGACCGUAUGGACCUGGAAGAGCCCCAGAAGGUGGACAAGUUGCAGGAGCCCCUCCUGGAGGCCCUGAAGAUCUACGCCCGUCGCAGACGCCCCAACAAACCCCACAUGUUCCCCCGCAUGCUGAUGAAGAUCACUGACCUCAGAGGCAUCAGCACUAAGGGGGCAGAGAGAGCCAUCACUCUGAAGAUGGAGAUCCCAGGCCCCAUGCCUCCUCUGAUCAGGGAGAUGUUAGAGAACCCAGAAGCAUUCGAGGACCAAACAGAGAGCAGUGGAGAGAGCUCCCCACCUCCUGCCCCUCCACCCAUUCCACCAGCCUCCUCCAAGCCCCCCACCACCAUGAAGACUGAGGCUGAGGACGAGGAGGACAGCUGGGGGACAGAGCCUUCCCCAGAGGAGGAAGAUGAGGAUGACUAUGAUGAUGGGGAGGAGGAGGAUCGGGACAGGGGCUCGGACAGCGAGGGUGAAUCCUGGGCUCUGGAGGGUAGCAGCGAAGGGGCUAGGAAGAACCAUGCCGGGAGGGCGCAGUGAGGAGGAGAGCUAUCACAGAUAUGCAGACUCUACACUCAAACACACACACUAACUGACGUAAUCAAACACACACACACAGAACAGGACAGA